AUGACGACAAGCUUCUUCAUCCAGAGUGACGUUCUUGGCCUCUCCGGCCUGCACACCGCCGCGCCGGCGGACCUCAACCCGCGUCUGAUCGAUCUCGGCGCUCCCGGCCGGCAGGUGGCGCGCCUCGACUGCUGUGGCGUCUACCUGCACUGGAUUUUGCCGCGGCUCUACCGCAGCGGCCUGUACUCGGCCGGCGCAGUCUUGGCCAGCAGCCAUGAGCCGGAGCGGCUCAAGCACGACCUGCCCGCCCAGCCUCAGUUUCAGCUCGAGUUCCACCGGCCCCCCAGGUGCUGGGUUGUCCUCCGCCGUCUCGAACUGGACUCGGUCUGGCCAGCCGCCGCGCGGCAACACUACAGUGAGUGCCAAGCCUGGGUGGUCGAGAGCGACCAUCUCUGGACGCUCGGCAACAUACCGUCCGAGUACGACCUGCAGGCCGAUGUCUCGCCUUUCUUCGUCGGCGUCAGCGGACAGGCCGACGACAUUGAGCAGCAGGAGAAGGGCGACAUCGGCCGCAAGAAGCCCCUGGAGGCUAACCAGCUCUUCGCCGACUUCCGGCUGCACAACACAAACGUCUUUGGCUUUCUCGACAACUUCAAGUAUCACGGACACGCGGACAAGGCCGUCGACCCGCUCUGGAGUGAGAGCCAGUACUCGCGUGGGGCAGAGCUGGACGCGCUCGAUAUGGCCCCCAAGACGGUGCCGGCCGGCGAGAUUGCCGCGGCCCACCAGCGACUGGACGUGCCGGCCCUGUCGGUGGGUACGACGCCCAUGGACUCGCUUAUCUUAUACUGCACCAGCCGGCAUGCGCAGGGCGAGGAGGCGUCCAUUGCCCGGCUGGGGGAGGACAUACUCGCCAUCGACUCGCUGCUGCACGCGCGCGACGUGAGCAACAAGCAAGACGAUGUCUCUGCCCGGCCCUACAAGGCCGCGACUGACGACCUCGCCGCUCUUGUGCAGGGCCACGAGGCGCGCAUCCAAGAACUCGCGUCCGCCGUUCAGGCCAUGCUCGGCGCUUCUUGUUCAACGCGAACCUCCCGGUACUACUAA